AGAGUUGCAGCUUUAUGCAAGCCCAGGAAGACAUCUGACUCCCUUUCUGGUUUGGACGUCUCGGCUCUGGACAAAAGACCUCACUUUACCUAAAACUGAAUCAGAAAUUGCCUGCGGCACUCAGCAGAAGACAUGGGCAGAUACCAACACUCAACUUGGCGCAUAGCUAGUUCUGCUGCGACGCACACAACCGCAAGCCGCUACAGACUCCAAGAGCCCGCUAUUUUAGGGCUGGCUCAGGAAGCGUCUUCCGCCUCCGCUGUCACUCAGGAGGUGAGAGGGGCGUGUCCGGAUAAACUAUCCAACCAGAGGCGCCCUUGGAAAGGUGGGGGCGGGACGACGCGACGCCAGCCGGUUUGGAGGACGCUACGCUCGGCCGCUCUGCCCCUCGCGUCUCGCUGCUGCUGGAGGACUUCAGGUGGCCCCGGGACCGUGAGGGCCGCGGGAGGUGGGGAAGGAAGCCGGGAGAUGGACUCAGUGGCCUUUGAGGAUGUGGCUGUGAACUUCACCCAGGAGGAGUGGGCUUUGCUGGAUCCUUCCCAGAAGGAGCUCUACAGAGAUGUGAUGCAAGAAACCUUUAUUAACUUGGCCUCUAUAGGGGAAAAUUGGGAUGAACACACCAUUGAAAAUCAGCACAAAAACCAGGGAAGAAAUCUAAGAGGUCAUAUAGAGGAGAGACUUGGUGCAAAGAAAGCAGGUCGAUGCAGGGAAACCGUUGGCCAGAUUCCACAUCUUACACGGAACAAGACAACUCUUCCUGAAUCAAAACCCUAUGAGUGUAGCAUGUGUAGGAAAGUCUAUAUGUGUCACUCAUCGCUUAACAGACACAUGAAGUCUCAUGAUGGAUGCAAAACUUACGAAUGCCACAAACAUGGAGAGAAGUUGUUUGAAUGUAAGGAAUGUGGGAAGACAUUCAGCUUUCGAAGUUCGUUUCGAAUACAUGAAAGGACGCACACCGGAGAGAAGCCUUAUAAAUGUAAGGAAUGUGGGAAAGCUUUCAGCUGGCCCAGUUCCUUCCAGAUCCACGAGAGGACGCACACGGGAGAGAAGCCGUAUGAGUGUAAGGAAUGUGGGAAAGCCUUCAUUUAUCACACGACCUUUCGAGGACACAUGAGGAUGCACACGGGAGAGAAACCGUAUAAAUGUCAAGAAUGUGGGAAAACCUUCAGUCAUCCCAGUUCAUUUCGAAACCAUGAAAGAACUCACUCUGGAGAGAAGCCCUACGAAUGUAAACAAUGUGGAAAAGCCUUUAGAUACUACCAAACUUUUCAGAUACACGAAAGGACUCACACUGGAGAGAAACCCUAUCAGUGUCAGCAGUGUGGUAAAGCGCUCAGUUGCCCCACGUCUUUUCGAAGUCAUGAAAGGAUUCAUACUGGUGAAAAACCAUAUAAAUGUAGGAAAUGUGGCAAAGCCUUCAGUUUUCCUAGUUCCUUUCGAAAGCAUGAAAGAAUUCAUACGGGGGAGAAACCUUACGCUUGCAAAGAAUGUGGGAAAGCAUUCAUUUCCCUUCCAAGCUACAGGAGACACAUGAUUAUGCAUACUGGAAAUGGGCCUUAUAAGUGUAAGGAAUGUGGCAAAGCCUUUGACUGUCCCAGUUCAUUUCAGAUUCAUGAGCGAACUCACACUGGAGAGAAGCCCUACGCAUGUAAGCAAUGUGGGAAAGCCUUCAGUUGCUCUAGCUCAUUUCGAAUGCAUGAAAGGACUCACACCGGUGAGAAACCUCAUGAAUGUAAACAGUGUGGUAAGGCCUUCAGUUGUUCAAGUUCUGUUCGAAUCCAUGAAAGGACUCACACCGGGGAGAAGCCUUACGAGUGUAAACAGUGUGGGAAAGCCUUCAGUUGUUCUAGCUCUUUUCGAAUGCAUGAAAGAAUUCACACCGGAGAGAAACCCUAUGAAUGUAAACAGUGUGGGAAAGCCUUCAGUUUUUCCAGUUCAUUUCGGAUGCAUGAAAGAACGCACACUGGAGAGAAACCUUACGAAUGUAAACAGUGUGGGAAAGCCUUCAGCUGUUCAAGUUCCUUUCGAAUGCAUGAAAGAACGCACACUGGAGAGAAGCCCUAUGAAUGUAAGCAGUGUGGGAAAGCCUUCAGCUGUUCAAGUUCCAUUCGAAUCCAUGAAAGGACGCACACAGGAGAGAAGCCCUAUGAAUGUAAACAGUGUGGGAAAGCCUUCAGCUGCUCCAGUUCUGUCCGAAUGCAUGAAAGGACUCACACUGGAGUGAAACCCUAUGAAUGCCAGCAAUGUCAUAAAGCCUUCAGUUGUUCCCGUUCAUUUCGGAUCCACGAAAGAACUCACACUGGAGAGAAACCCUACGAAUGUGGGAAGUGUGGGAAAGCAUUCAAGUGUUCCCGUUCCUUUCGAAUACAUGGAAGAACUCACAGUGGACACACGUUGGAGAACGUGUUACUAAAACAGUCUGAGGUGGACCCGCAGCGGCGUCUGUCUUGCUCUGAGCUGCGAGUCUCGAGACGAAAGGACUUGGUGACCUUUGAGGAUGUGGCUGUGAACUUCACCCAGGAGGAGUGGGCUCUGCUGGACCCUUCCCAGAAGGAGCUCUACAGAGAGGUGAUGCGAGAGACUGUCAGGAACCUGGCCUCUGUGGGAAUCUUGGAAGACCGGAACAUUGAAGAACUAUACCAAAGUCCUGGCAAAAACCUAAGGCAUCUGAGCACUUACGCUGAGCACAAACCAGGUGAGCAUAAGGAUGGAAAGAAGACGAGCCGGGAGAAGCACUGGGGAAAAGCCCUUGGUUUCCGCUCUUCCUUUAACAGUUCUGGAAGAACUUGCACAGGAGAGAAGUCCUAUCAAUGUAAGGAAUGUAGAAAAGUCUAUAAUUCCCUGUCAAACUUUGAAAGACACAUGGAAAGGCACAGUGAGGAUGGACCUUACAAAUGUAAGCUAUGCGGCAAAGCCUUUUAUUCUCUCAGUUCUCUUCAAAUGCACGAAAGAACGCACGCUGGAGAGAAGCUCUAUCACUGUAAACAGUGUGGGAAGAGUCUGCGCACUUCCAAAGCCUUUCAGAUUCAUACAAGGACUCACACCGGGGAGAAACCUCACGAGUGUGGGGAAUGUGGGAAAGCUUUCAACUGUCCCAGCACUUUCCAGAGGCACAGAAGGACCCACACUGGGGAACGGCCCUAUGAAUGUCAGAAGUGUGGCAAGACCUUUGGUCGCUUCAGUUCCUUCCGAAUACAUGAAAGGAUGCACACUAGGAAGAACACCUGCUGUGAAUGUGAUGAGUGUGGGAAGACUUUCAUUUCUCUCUCGUCUUUUCAGAGGCACAUGUUAACACACACUGGAGAUGGGCCUCACAAAUGUAAGGAAUGUGGCAAAGCAUUCAUUAGUUCCAGUGCAUUUCAAAUACAUGAACGACUGCACACUGGAGAGAAGCCUUUUGAGUGUAAACAGUGUGGGAAAACCCUAAGUAGUGCCAGUUCCUUUCAAAUACACCAAAGGACUCACACUGGGGAGAAGCCGUAUGAAUGUAAGAAGUGUGGGAAAACCUUCAGUUGUCCCAGCUCUUUUCAAAGACAUGAAAAGACUCACACUGGGGAGAAGCCUUACGAGUGUAAGCAGUGUGGUAAGUCUUUUAGCCGUUCCUGCUACCUUCAGAUGCACGAAAGGUCUCACACUGGAGAGAAGCCCUAUGUUGGAGAGAAGCCUUAUCAGUGUAAACUCUGUGGUAAAGCAUUUCGUAGUCCUAGCUGCUUUCAGGUUCAUGAAAGAACUCAUACUGGAGAGAAGCCCUACAAAUGUAGCGAAUGUGGGAAAGCCUUCGCUUGUCGAAGCUUACUUAGAAGACAUGAGAGGAUUCACACUGGAGAGAAGCCCUAUGAGUGUGCACAGUGUGGGAAAGCCUUUGGACGCCACAGUUCACUUCAGAUACAUGAGAGAAACCACACUGGAGAGAAACCGUAUGAAUGUCAAGAAUGUGGGAAAGUCUUCAGGAGUUCUAGUUCCUUUCAGAUACACAAAAGAACACACACUGGGGAGAAACCCUACGUAUGUCAAGAGUGCGGGAAAGCCUUCGGUUGUUCCAGUACUCUUCAGAAACAUAGAAGGAGUCACACUGGAGAAAAACCCUACGCAUGCACACAGUGUGGGAAAGCUUUCAGUCGGUCCAGUAACUUUCGAAUGCACCAAAAAUCUCAUUCGGAAGGAAAAACUGCACAGAUAUAAGGGUGGGUAAUCCUUAAUUUGUUGUAGUGAAAAAGCAUGGAAGAGCUCAUGUUGGAGAGGCACCCCACACGAGGCAUACCGGAAGGCUUUCUUUUACAGCUUUCUAUUUGAGAGAGUGCAUACUGGUGCACAUCUUACAAGUACGGAUGGUGACAAUGGCGUUUGUGUCCUACUUGAGUUUGAAGCCAUGAAAGAGCAAUGGAGAGACUAAAAGAGGAAUAUGAGCAGCACGCAGAAGCCUCAGUUGGCUCACGUCCUUACAGGAACGGGUCAGAAUGCUGCCUGUGGAUCAGUGGUGCAGUGUUUGGUAGAGGAUUGCACCGGUCCCAGGCCUCACCUUGAUCCCAGCACCGCCACUGGGAAAGGAGGAGAGGAGGGAGGAGGGCAGGAGGGAGGGCACACUGGAUUAGAAGGUGGAAAAUGCGAAAAGUAAAGUGUUGCAUUUUAACAGUAAAAACUUACAACAACUCCCAGUUUAGUCAAAUACACAAAUUGAAGUAAUGUGAGAAAACCUAAUUAAAUCAAUGCAUGCAUCCAGAAAAGCAUACAUCCUGAAGGAAAUGCUGUGUUAGGCUUUGUGUUUAAAUGACCCCCCAAAGCCUCAGGCAGUCAUGGGGCGGGGUAAGCCUUUUUUUUUUUGGUACUGGAGAUUGAACUCAUGACCUUGCACUUGCCAGGCAGGCACUUACGCCACUGAGCUGAAUCCCCGGCAGGGUGAGCCUUUUGAAGGAGGCUGAAUCUAGUGUUUGUCACUGAUCUAUUGUCUAGUGCUGCGAUUGCAGGUAGCAGCUUACAGUAUAAGGGAGAAGGCGGCGUGCCUUCCCCUUUGCCCUCCGCACCUUGUUGCUUGUGGCUGCCAUGGUGGCUGCCUCUUAGCCACGCCACCCUGCCUUGGAACCAGCUGAUUAUGGACUGGAACGUCCAAAAACUGUAAGCUAAAUAAACCUUUCUUCCUUCA